CCAAACUGCGACUAUUUAACUAACUACUGACUUUCUUCCUUUAGUCCUGCUAAAUACCAUAGGAAGCUUGGAUCAUUAUACCUGAUGUGUUCAUUGACAGCACUGAGAUAUCAUGGUAUCAUAAUGCGUAAUGCCUUAUGGCAAGCUGCAAUUCAGUGGAAACUUCUCUAUGCACCCAGACACAGUCGUCUUCACGACGUCACUACCCGUCAGGCGGCACCAUCGCCAUGCGGCCCAUGCCACAAAACUCAGCAUUCCUCGCGUCGCGACAUCCUUCUUGACUAUAGUACUUCUCGCUUCUCAAUAAAUCAUUAACUACAGCUUUGAACACUAACCGCGCAAACCAAAGCGACUCCUGCAUGUGCUACCAUACACCCUCCUAGACAACUGCGACAGAUAUGGUUUCCACUAGACAUCAUCCCCGCGAUUUCCCCUCGCCAUCGCGUGCCAGGUCCAGGUCAAAAUCCCCAGGACCGUCAGCCAACGGAAUUGUCACUAAACGAUGGGUGCACACCCCAUCGACGGCUGUGACCUUGUGGCUUCUAGUCUCGAUUCCCUUGGUCCUAUGGGAUUCAGGUUACGUGUUGUUGCGACCGCAUUCCAUGCCAGGUCAUAAGCUACAUUCGCCUGUCUGGACCCCGUACGCACUCUAUGGGACAAUUGACUAUAUCUAUGGCUGGCCGGCGUUCAACGCUCGGAAUGGCUUUACCGUCGCGCAGACCGUAUUGAACCUUGUGGAAUCAGCGGCUUAUCUGUACUACCUCUUCAUCAUCUAUAAAUAUGGAGCGACGAUGAAUACAGGCGGACGCGGAAAACAGCGCAAGACUCGCAAGGGUUUGUUGUGGAUGUUGAAGGGCGAUAAAGUCGUGUCUGGGCGCACUGGAGCGACGGCGCUCCUGGUAGCCUACAGCGCCUCCAUCAUGACUUUGAGUAAAACGGUCCUUUACUGGCUCAACGAGGCUUUCUCUGGAUUUGCCAACAUUGGACACAAUGAUGCUUUCACAUUGAUUACUAUGUGGGUCAUUCCUAAUGGACUCUGGAUUGCUUUUCCUAGCUACAAUGUAUAUACCUUGGGGAAGGAGAUCUUGGCCGCUCUUGAGACUUCCGCACCCGCCUCGCGGACGAAGUCGUGAGACCCCACGUUCUAUGGGCUUGACGUUCGAUGCAUGACCCGUAGCAGCCGCCGGCUUCAGUUGAGACUUCGGAGGACGGUACAUACAAUAGGGGUCGAAAGGUGGUGCUGUUGCUUCAGAGACCAUGCCGGCUCUAUUCAGGCUAUAUUGUAGAACUUUGGGACUCCGCCUAUUUCUGGAGGUGUCAUAUCGGGUGUCACAUGUGAUAUAGUAUAAGAAUGUCCAUUAAUAUUAGGCUCCAC